AUGUGUCAACCUGGCAAGGCUAACCCUUCGCUGCCACAAGAGGACUACGACUAUGUUCAGUUCGGCGGGAUCCGUAAAUGGGCCCAAAGCACCGACGAACCCAAGCAAAAAAGGAAAAUUUUUAGAAAGAGGCUAAGUCUGCCUCCACCUACUGAAACAGAUAAAGACUCAGACGAAGACUACGAAAAGAUUGCGUCUCCAAGACCUGUUCUGAGAUUGAGAGGUGGAGCGGGAAGCAGCUCCGGAUCACCAUCCGGCACCCCGUCUACCAUGGACAGGAAGCGCAAGCAGACUGAAGGAAAUGAUUUUAACGACCACGAACUCUUAGGAGAAAAGAAGUUGUAA